AUUAUUCUAAUUUCUCUCUCUCUUUUUUUUUGUCCUUCUUUUCUCCACCUAUUAUAAUCAUAACUACUAUCCUCAAAACUCAAUUCAAAUUAGAUGUCACGAUUACAAAAUUAUUUCAGUUCUGAAUUUAUUGCAUCAGGACUAAGUACAGAAUUUUAUAAUUUCAUUACGGAAAUAAGUCAAGCAAAAAGCAAAACUGAAGAAGCAAGCCGUAUUACUAAAGAAUUAACAAGUUUAAGUUGCAAAAUGGGAUUACCAGAUGUGCCCUCAAAUAGAAUGAGGGAUUAUGUUAUACGAUUAAUUCAUUGCUAUAUGCUUGGAUAUGAUGUAGAUUUUGGUAUUAUUUAUGCAAUUAUGUCUGCUCAAAGUGGUGAAACAGAGAUAGAUAGACGAGUUGGCUAUCUUGCUUGUACCUUGUUUCUUAAAAAGGACCAUGAACUGGGAAUUAUGCUGAUUAAUACACUUCAAAGAGACUUAAAAAGUCAAAAUUAUUUGGAUAGAUGUGCAGCUCUUAAUUCUAUUUGUUAUUUAGAGCUUGAUGAAAUGCCUGAUAAUGUACUGGACUUGGUGAUUCAAGCAAUCGAUUUCCCAAAACAAGUUGUUCGUAAAAAAGCAGUUAUAGCUCUUUACUUUUUAUAUAAAAGAUCUAAUAUGGAUCUCUUGAAGUUUAAACCUUCAUUUAGAAAAGUAUUAGAAGAUAAAGAUAUGAGUGUAGUUUUCACUUCAUUGGGUAUCUGGAAAAUGAUUCUUAUGGAACAUGCAAUGGAAUUUAAGGAUUUACUACCAAAAUUUUAUACUAUUCAUAGAAAAAUUAUAGAGAAAAGAAUCCACAAAUCAUAUUUGUAUCAUGGUGUUUUAGCACCUUGGGCUCAAAUGGAAUGUUUGCAAAUUUACAAAAUAUAUCAUGACUUGAAUAUAGGAUCUCCUCAAGAUUUCUAUAAUAUUAUAGUAGACUGUCUUAAAUCUGUAGAGAAGAAAGUAGAUGCAGCAUUUGCUAUUAUAUUAGAAUGCGUUAAAUUACUUUCAUCUAUGGACCCAAUCUUAUUGGGUAGUCUUUCUGUCCCUGAUGAAAAUCCUUUUCAAGUACUUGUACCUUAUCUUCAUGCAAAUAAUCAUAAUCUAAAAUAUUUAGGAAUCUUAGGCAUGUCCUAUGUAGAUGAAAGCUUUUGGAAAAAAGAUUGGCUGAAUGGUACUUUAUUAGCCAAGAUCAUCCAUACUUCCUUUGAUGAUGAUACUCUACUUACUCAGACAAUUAAAAACUUGGACAUGAUUAUGAAUGAGGAAGUGUUGACACAUAUAUGUCGGGAUAUAAUAGAAGCAUUAAAUAAAAGCAAUGAAUCCAAGUCCAGUAACACAAUGAUUGCUCAUUGGUUUAUUAACAAAAUUCAAGCGCAUAAAAAUGAAGUAGACGAAUGGUAUAUAGAAAAUAUGAUGACUAUAUUAGCAGAGACAAGGAAGAAUCUCGAUGAUGAUUAUGUAGAAUCCCAAUGCAAUUUGCUGAAGGAGAUUCUUAUCAAAGAAACAGAUGGAAAUCUAUUGCGAAAGGUGUCUGUAGAGAUAUCUUUUGAUUUAUUAAAGAAAACUAAUUCUGAUAGAUAUUCACCCUUAUUUAUUCAAUUUAUAUUUUGGACAAUGGGUGAAAAUGGAUAUAUUUUUUCAGACAUAGAUAUUAUGAAGCAACUUCAAAAAUGGAUUCAAAUUAUACAAGAUGAUUAUUUGCAAAUAUACGGAUUACAAGCUAUGAAGCAGUGUAUAAUCCGCAGUAAAACUUGGUUAUCCGGCAUUCAAAAGGUUUUGAAAGAAUAUAGAAAGUCUCCUAUACCUGAAAAGCAAGAGAUUGCAAGAGAAUUACUUGUCAUUAUUAAAGAUUCAAGUUUUAAAAGAGAAUUACAAGAGAAUGAUGAUACUAGCUAUUCUGUUACAAAGUUAUCUAUGAAUCCUAAUCAGCCAAAAGAAAUUAGUAGAUUUGUAAAUAAUGAUAUAACAAGUAAAUACAACCUUAAUCGAAGAGAAGAAGAAUUAAAUCAAAAUUACUUGACUUUAGAUCGGCCAAUAGCACAGUUAUCAAGAGAAUCAUCUUUAUUAGGAAAUAGUAUACAGAGUCGCACUAAUUAUAAAAUAAAAGAGACUGAUUUGGUUUCAAGCUUAAUAGAACUAGAGCUUGAAGAUGAACAAGAAAGAAAUCAAUUUAUAAUGACUACACAUCUCUUUGGUGAGUUGUGGAUAAAGUAUACUGUUGAAGAAAAAAAACGAUUUGAAUGCUCAGUCAUUGAAAGUAACAAGUUAGCAAGAAGACUGGUUAAAUCAUGGAAUAUAGAUGUAGUUGAAAUGAUAGGACAAGAAUUUAUAGCAGUAGAAGACAAAACAGAAUUAGCUCCGUCUGUUCUAAUUCAUAUAGCCAUGUUACCUGAACAUCAAUUCAUAAUGACAAUGAAAGCCAAACAUAGUAUAAAGGAAAUUAACACAUUUUUGACAAAACGUCAAUUAAUGUGAUGAUACAUUUAUCCAGUAAAAAGAUCAAAUAUAUUACAUUUACAUGUGUGUAUGUGUAUGUGUGUGUGU